GCUUUAAGACCUGGUGUGCGAUGGUUAAAAAUCAUAUUAAAAGGAAUAGUAAACAUAUUUUAAGAUUUGUCAUGACAAGUAUGCCUACUGCCGCCGAACCCGCCGACGCCAAUCCGACGCCCGUCGACAACACCACGGCAAUUGUAGACAGGGCCAAUUCACCAAAACGAUACACGGAUGAAGAAAACAGUUGUAGCGAGUGCGAUGAGAUUGUGCUGGUGGAGGAGCAGGUGCCGGUACUCAGCAAGCGGGGCAUAUUCUGCCUGAACAUAGCGUGGUUCGGUCUAAGUCUAAUGUUCCUGCUUCUAUCUGUGGAAGUGGUCCCCUCUCAGAUCCAGUCCCUGGUAGGUCCAGCAGCUAAAGGUCGAUGGCUUGGAGGAAUGGUAGCAGCCGGGGCAGCCGUGACCUUCACCAUAUCGCCGUUGAUCGGCAUGCAGAGUGACAGAGCCUCUUUCAAAUUUGGCAAGCGCCGCCCACUGAUGUUCCUAGGCUCUAUAGCUCUCUGCAUAGGCCUAGUCGGUAUGGCCAUCAGCUCUCCCGACAUAUCAGUCGAACAACUGGACACUGGAGAACAGAAGAAUUCGUCAGGAAAGUUGCAGUGUACCCGGGAUCUGGUUGCGCUGCGCUGCGCCCCCUAUUGGAACAAGUCCGCCCACAAUCCUCUUGACGCCCACAAGGACGGCGCCCAGCAGCCGAACUCCAUUGUAAUGCAGCACAACUCCUUUGGAGAUGGGGAAGGCGUGGUCGAGUCAUCCAGCGGGAAUCUAGCCCUUUAUAUAGUAUUCUACCUCCUGGUUACCUCAGCGUUUGCCGGUAUCACGGUGCCGUACAAUGCACUGAUUGCAGACAAGUCGAACCCCUCCCAGAGAGGUCUUAAUUCUGGGGUCAUGGCUGCGACGAUUCUCGUAGGAAACGUGAGUGGAGCCGCAGUAGGAACGUCAUUUACGCAUAUUGGCGUCAUUGGCGCUUACUCAAUAGCCAUAACCAUUGUACUGAUAACCCUGCUCAUCACCAUAUUUACCACCGAAGAGGAUCAUGGGAAACACGUGCUGGAACCAAUAGAUUGUCUUGCAAUUUUCAGUGGCUUCUGGGACCCUUUAAAAGAACAUAACUUCCGAUGGGUGUUUAUUACACGGUUUCUAAUGCAACAGGGAGUGUCAACGGUUACAGGGUUUCUCCAGUACUGGCUUCACGACAUGGUUCGCCUGCCCAACUGCUGGACCGCGGCCACAUGCGUAGCUCUUCUGCUGCUGCCGAUGUUGUUCGCGGCCGCCUGUAGCUCAGUGGUGUUCGGCAUCCUGUCCGACAGAACCCACCGCCGGAAACCAAUCGUUAUAGGCGCAGCCGUUGUCAUGACCGUCAACAUAUCUAUAAUGAUCGCCGUCUCGGGGUACUGGGCGUUCUAUAUCGCCAUAGCAACGGCUUUCUGUUUCGGAAUCGGAUUCGGGUCUUUCCAGGCGGUUGAUUUUGCGUUGGUGAUGGACGUUUUACCAAAGGACCGAGACAAGGCCAAAGACAUUGCAGUGUGGCACCAGGCACUGAUCUUACCCAACGCUUUGGCCACACCUAUUGGCGGAUUUAUACUGGACUAUUUUCAGAGCGUAAACUGCGAACUUGGUCUCGGUUACGUUAUACUAUUCAGCGUUACUGCGGUCUACUUUAGCCUGAGCGGUAUAUUCGUAACAAGAAUUAAUUUAGCUAAGUAAGUGUGAUGACUCUUUUGUUGAAUGUGUUAGUUUUCUUUGAACAAAAAAUGAUGUACACUAUUGUCACAAAACUAUUUAUGUUGUUAUUUACUUCUUUAUGGUCAUGUGCGCGUGUUGUUAUUGUUGUUGAUAUUCCCUGUCUCAUGCUAAGUUAAGUAUUUAUUUGGUAUUACACCGACGACUGAAAAUAAUU